AUGAAGGACUUGGACAUUGUUCGUGAGGCAGCUACUCAAUCAAAGAAGGAUUUGGAGGAAUUGCAGGAGAAAUUGAGCACGAUGGAAGGGGACACCGAAAGAACGCAUCAAUUCCUUAUCUCUGAAAAGGAAAGCUUUAUCACAAAGCUUGAAAAGGCUCAAUCGGGUGUGGAUCUUUUGGCAAGUCGCCGAGAAAUCGGAAAGCUUCAGGAUCAAGUCAAAUUGUUUGAAGCCAUGAACAAGGAACAAGAAGAAGUGGAAGAACUUGCGAAUCAACGAGCUAAUGAUCUACAAAAACGAAUUGACGAAUUGGGAGCGAAAUUGCAUGCAGGAGAUGAACAAUCUACUUCAAUCCUCCGCUUGGAAUCCGAAAGUGAAGCAUUGCGCAAAGCGCUGAAGACGGAGGAAACAAAGAACAACAUUUUGGUGAAAGGAUUGGCUGAGUUAGAUGAUCAAAUCGAAAUCGUUUUGAAGCAAAAGAAAGCAAUGGAACAACGUUUGAUUGCAGCCAAAGCACAAAUUGUUGACCUCCAACACAAAUUUGCGAAGUGGAUUUGGAGAAGCAACGAGGGAUUGAAACUGAGAUUGCUCUCACUGAGGGUUGAAAAUGAACGACUAGUCGAGAAGAUCAACUAUUUACAAGAAGAAAUCCGUGAAACUCACUUUGACUACCGAGAAGAGUUGGCUCGUUUGGCACGGCAGUGUAGUGAACAAAGUGCUGCCUCUUCGGCCAACAGCUCCCAGGCACUUGACCAAAAGAUUUGCGACUUGGAGAAACAACAGCGCCAAGCCGAAACCCAAGCCAAAGCAUCCAACCGACAAAUCGAAGAAUUGAAGCAAGAAGUGAAACGGCUCUCUGAACAACUCUCCGAUAAGAAUCAACGAGAAAGGGAGACGAAUGAAGAGAAUAUCCGGCUUCGCCGUGGACUCACUGAAGCGAUUGAUAAAGCAGAAAAAUACAAGAAUGAGGCCACGAAAAUCUCCGAGCAUUUUGUUGAAGCGACGAACGAGAUUGAUUUUAUGCGAUCAAAAAUGGGCCAACUUGAAACGGAAGUUCGUGAUCUUGAUGACGUGGUGAAAGAAAAAGAGAAACUGGUGAACCACUUGCAGCGUCACACAAAUGCGCAAAAGAUGCCAAAGAUGAAAAGCAAGACCACACUACUUCAUCACCCGUCCGAUAGCUCGAUUGAACAAAUCGAUUGUGAAAUGACUGAGGUGAUUGAGCUGGAGAAUAUGCGUAAGCGAUUGCGAGAGCAGCUAGAUCAGAAGAAACAAGAGCUCUUUGUUCGGAAAGUAUCGACGGAUGAUGAGCAGGAGAAUGGAGAUGAAGAACCACAAAGGAGAGAAAUGGCUUCACGACAACCUUUGGCACAAAUGAACAGCGCUCCGCAUAUUGGAAACACCUUUGAGGAGCCGGCACUGCCAAAGAGUGUGACGAUGGGCAAAAUGCGGCAUGACAUUCCACACAAAUGGCGGCAACAAACUGGCUUCGCGGUUCGACAAAUGAAAUGUUGUAUGUGUUUCGAAGGAAUUCCAAGGAUUGGCCAUGCUAUGCGUUGUUUGGAAUGCGGUGUGAUUGUUCAUCGGACGAUGCGUCAAUCGGGUCACAAACACUUGUGGAUUUCCGGCACAGUAUGCUACUUUCUACCA